GAUACACUCAGAAUUUCCCUCCUUUAAAAACCCUAGAUAUCCGCCCUCUUUUUUCUCACCUUGCAAGAGCUGCAACAGGAAUUCCGAGCGGCCGCUCUUCCUCUGCGUCUCCGACUGCUCUUCCUAUCGGCCCAGGUUCGGUCUCCUUCACUUCCUCUACUCUGUCGCUCGCUCUCCUUUAUAUGACCCUUUGGCAGUCUUCGCUUGUUGCUUUGAAUGUAUAUCUGGGAUGGAUACUCAACUUAAGCAUGCUGUGGUGGUGAAAGUAAUGGGAAGGACUGGAUCAAGGGGUCAGGUGACUCAAGUCAGAGUCAAGUUUUUGGAUGACCAGAAUCGAUUCAUCAUGAGGAACGUGAAGGGACCCGUUAGAGAAGGAGAUGUGCUUACCCUCCUUGAAUCUGAAAGAGAAGCUAGGAGACUACGUUGAUGGGUGUAUUUCUGCCUCUCAUUCCUAUGUUUUUUAUGAUGUAAGGUUGUUUUGUUGUGGUAGCUAAGAGUAAUUUCCAAUGCUUUUUAUGAGCUUUGUCAUCUGUAUUACAUUUUUCAUCAUAACAGUAUCAAGACAUGAAUUUUGAUAUAUGGGUUUUUUGGGUACUUGAAAAAGACCUAGAUUUUGAUGUGAAUUGUGGUUUCCUUUGUUGGGAUUUUUUAUUUUUUAGCUAUACCAUUGCCAAUUUGUGAUGCUUG